UAAAGCUGGUCGUUGCUCUCCUGUGGUUUGACGCGUUUGAUCCCGGAGGGAGCUCGCGUUUUACAUUCCUGACAUUCCGGCCUCACAGUCCCUCCUCGGUUACUUAUUACUGCCGCCUGCUCCUCUCCAACACUCAUUUUCACCGCGACGACGACCCACCAAACACGUCUGCCUCGACAGACGAACGCAAAUAGUGGAAUUAAAGCGAAUUUUUGUGUUUUUCACCACGAUGACAGCUUGAGCUGUUUUACAGAUUUAUCUAAGUACCUGAAAACAAAGAAGAACAAAAAAAGUUUGGCUGGUCUUCACAGACAGUCGCAGUUUUUGCAGCCCAGUAAUGUCCUCUGAGGAGCCGUCUGGCACCGUCCUGCACCGGCUCAUCCAGGAGCAACUUCGUUAUGGAAACCCCACAGACACUCGCACAUUAUUAGCCAUCCAGCAGCAGGCUCUGCGUGGCAGCAGUGGAAGUAACAGUGGACCUAGUAGUGGAGGUGACAUGGCCAGGAGCCCAAGAUCCUCUUUGGAGAGCCUAACUUUGGAGGAGCCUCAGUUCCCUCAGCUUUCAGCUCGGCAGGAGCCCCAGGGUCAGGAGCACCAGGGAGACUACCACCACUCUGAGAGUGGCUACCAGCUCUACCAGUUGCACGGGGAGGAGCUGCCAACCUAUGAGCAGGCCAAGGUACACUCUCAGUACUUGACCACUCACUGGGUGCCUGCUGCGCAGGUGGCCUCGGGCCCUUUGAAGCAACUCCAUGAAGGGGCAUUCCAUGAAGAGCCAGAUCUGACGGAACUUAAGUGCAGUCACGUGCGAUCUCUCAGCGAGCAUCGCAUGCAGAUAUCACUGAAGAGGCAUGAUGAAGCUUCUAAAGCAGAAGCCAUGAAGAGCAGCUCCCAUAGCUACCCUGAGCUACCUUACUACACCUCACAAAGCCUUCAGAGCCCAGAACCAGGCCAGGACAACCACGGAGCACCACCAGAGUACUCAGCUCCAAUCCAAGGCCAAGGAUUGAUCCCUCACCAGAUUCAAGAACUGGCACAGGCACAGCAACACAGGUUUGUUCAGUCUGCUAUGCCGCCUGAGGCGCCCUGCUACAACACAUUUACAAGCUUGCCACCUGCUGGUUUGGAGGAGCCCAACCAGGUGGAGCUGCUUCUGAUGGAAAAUGAAAGGCUGAGACAGGAGCUGGAAACACACAGGGAGAAGACUGGUCGCAUUGAGAAGUUGGAGCAGGAGAUCCAACGUAUUUCUGAGGCCUAUGAGACACUGAUGCAGGGCAGCAGUAAGAGAGAGAACCUGGAACAAACUAUGAGGAGGAAACUGGUGUCUGAGAUCAGGAGGCUGCAGGAUUUCAACAGAGACCUUCGAGAAAACCUGGAAAAUGCCAGAACGCAUGUUGCAAAAGAAGUCAAAGCUGCUGACCAUAACCAGCACAUCAUGGCUAAACUGCUUGAACAAAAUGAGGAGCAGAACUUGGAACGUGAGCGCUUGGAACGGGAGCUGCAGCGAUUGCGAACCACAGUGGAGGAGCAGGGCCAAAAGAUGAAACGCCUGGAAGAGACCUUGGAGGCUGCUCGCGGACGCGGCCGUCAGCUUGAGGAGGAGUUGCGAAGGAAGAGGGCUUAUGUGGAGAAGGUGGAGCGGCUCCAGAGCGCCCUGGCUCAGCUACAGUCCACCUGUGAGAAGAGGGAGAGUCUGGAGAUGAAGCUAAGAACACGUCUAGAGCAGGAGCUGAGGACUUUGAGGGCCCAGCAGAGGCAGUCCCAGCCGCCAGGAGUAACAAUGGCCUCCCUCCAAGAGCGCUUGCGAGAACGCGAGGAGCGCAUCCUUGCACUCGAGGCCGACAUGGUGCGUUGGGAGCAGAAGUACCUGGAGGAGAGUACCAUGAGGCAGUUUGCAAUGGAAGUAGCUGCCACUGCUGCCGCUCAGAGAGACACAACCAUCAUUAAUCACUCACCCUGCCACUCCUCCAACAACAGCUUCAAUGAGGACCUGCCAGCCGCUGACUACAGGAAUCAAGAGAUGGAGAACAGGAUCCGUACUCUUUAUGCUCAGAUCUUGGAAAAAGAUGCAGUAAUCAAGAUCCUCAAUCAGCGGUUGUAUCAGGACCAAGGGCGAAAGGAUGACCAGGCUAUAAAUAACGUGGGGUCUCCUCUCAGACCCGCCUCCUCCACACCAGCUAUUAGCACUACCAAAAGCACAACUAAGAGCAGAGGCAAGAGUCUCUCUGAUGAUCAGACGUUGCCAAAUAUUCUGUCAGAACCUGGAACGCUAGAACUUCAGGUGGAGGGAACGAAAACCAAAGAACCUCCCAGUGAAUCAAAACUCAGCAGCAGCAAGGCAGCGCCGAAGAAGCUGCUGUUAAACCCUUUCAGAGGCCUGGAUGAGUUGGAUUCUGAGGCGGUGGAAAUCUUCAUUUAAAGAAGAGUCGGAUUGUGAAUGAGAAGAAAGAAUGAAAAGAAAAUUUUUAAAAUCUGUGAAAUAGUACAGGUAUUUUUCAAGAGGCAAGAAUGCUGCAGAAAGAAGGAGAUGCAUGAGAGAGAGAGAGAGAGAGAGGGGUUGAAAAUGUUGCAGAGAGAGCUGUGCUCUGAUUGCCUGACUUUACCUUCAUUAAGCUAGAUAGCUGCAGGCUGGCUGCCUGGCCGGGAGAGAAAAUACAAGUCCUCUGAGGUACUUGGACAGUGUUGAUGAAUGUACCAGGGUCAUGUGCUCUCAGAGUGUGUACACCAAAA